AUGGCCCUGAAGCUGAAACGAAGGCGAGAAUUAAGCACGCUGAGGACAGAGGAGAGCAGAGCACGUUGGAGAUUGACCAUCAUAACCGUGUGCUGUGUGCUAGUCAUACUGGCAACCUUGAUAGUGGGGUUGUACUUUACCAUUAGGACAGUGAAUAGCAAGUUUUUCUUCUGCUCUGGCUCAAUGAGGUUCAUUUCAAUAGCGAAGGCAUGUGAUGGCAUGGCUGACUGCUCAGGUGGUGAGGACGAGAUCGCAUGUAUAUCCAAACUGCGGACCAAUGGCACGUAUCCAGUGAGGCUGAUGGGGGACAGACUGGUCCUGCAGGUGUUCAUUAAUGAGGGGGGAUGGAGAACAGUGUGUGCUGAGAACUGGAGGACAAAGCACACGCGCUUAACCUGUCAACAACUGGGCUAUACAGCGAGUCCCCGAAGUACACGAGUCCCGGUGAAGAGUCUGCUCUUCAACCCUCACAAUGCAUUUGCUACAGUCAGCAAUGACUCAACAAACUCUGACAUCCAGAGUUUCCUCUCAGUCAGUGAUAAAUGUUCAGUUGGCUCAGUGGUGUCUGUGUCUUGCUCAGACUGUGGGGAGGUGGAGGGAGAGGACCGUAUUGUUAAUGGGGAGGACACAGCAAUCGAACACUGGCCAUGGCAGGUUAGUCUUCAAUGGAACCACCAGCACAUGUGUGGAGGAGCAUUACUGUCCACGCAAUGGAUUAUUUCAGCUGCUCACUGUUUUACAAGCCGGACACGAGAGCUGAGUCGAUGGACUGUGGUGUUAGGUCAGACCCAAGUGACGGCAUCCAGGGGUGUCAGUGUAGAGAUGAUUGUGAUCCACAAGGACUACAGCCGCUUGAGUAACGACUUUGACAUCGCCAUGCUAAAACUCACCUGGCCUGUCACAACUGGGGAAUUGAUCUUGCCAGUUUGUUUACCCCCACACCAGUUGUCUGUGAAGGAGAUGCUUGUGGUGACUGGGUGGGGAUUGCUAAAGGAAAAAGGGGGGCAUCCCUCGGUGCUGCAGAAAGCUUCAGUGCCACUGAUUGACCGGUCCGAGUGUUCAAAGCCCUCUGUUUAUGGUUCCGCCAUUACUCGCAGAAUGCUUUGUGCUGGAUUCCUCGAAGGAAAUAUAGAUGCGUGUCAGGGGGACAGUGGGGGUCCACUCGUGUACCUUUCAUCUCGUUGGCAGUUAUUGGGCAUAGUGAGCUGGGGUGUGGGCUGUGCACGGGAGGGAAAACCCGGAGUUUACACUGAUGUUAGUCAACUUCUUGACUGGAUCUACACCGUAAUGGAGAGACAUCCAUGAGGAGGUGAAUCCUGGAUGAAUCACUUCAUGCUAUCGUGCAACAAAGGAGAAAAGACAAUCAUCUAAGAGUGUCAAAACCGAAAUCAG